ACCAGCAUGCUGUUGGGCUGCACCUGUGUGACAGGGUAAACACAGUGACACUAUAACCACUCACCUGCAGGGCUGCUGCUGCUGCUGCUGCUGCUGCUGCUCACUUGGCGGUGGUGUACUGGCCCUUUAAGAAGACGGCUCAAAGACAACAGAACCGAACGCAUCGAUGCAGCGCGCUACAUUGUAUCAUUGUACCAUUAACACUAAAGCUGGUGCAGCACGAGACACUUCACUGUGGUUUUAUAAAGGUUCAUUCAUAUGAUACACAAACGUGUUUUAUAUGGCGGGAGGAGAAAUGUGACGCUCUCUGUGUGCUCUCUGGUGCGUAAUUGAUUGGGGAAGCGUUAUGAUAGAAAAGCCAGAAAAUUGCUUCCAAUUCAAACUUUCAUCUGAAUGCAAUCCCAUUUAGGCAGAGUGGAGCAUCCUGAGCUGCAGCACUAAUUUUGGCACAGUCACAACCCUCCUCAGAGCCCUUCUUUCUCUCAGGGAGGGGAAGGCUGCUGGUUUUUGAACUUCCUACCUUUGUUGAGUCAGGACGUCCUGUACACCAGCCAGGCAGUGCCCCCUCAUCAUCUUAGAGCCCCCCAGAGAGCGUCACUUAAAACACUAAUAAUGGAAGAUAAACGCAAGAAGCGGAGCCCAAAGGUGUCUCUCCCCCAGCCCCCACCUCCCCCCAUCAACCCCCGCAAAGUCACCAUCAUGCCUGCCAGCAAAAGUGCCACCUUCUCUCUCGGCCUGCCGCAGCCCCCUUCCCCCAAGAACAGAGGCAAGUUUAAGAGGUCCAUAGGAGCGCCGGGACAGCCCAAAGAGGUGUUCGCCGUCGUAGCGCCACCAAAGACCACCAGGCCCCACAAGGAGAAGCCCAGGGCCCCCCAGCCUGCAGGACCCAGUAAAGUAGUCCAGUCUUCCCCCCUGCAGCACUCCUUUCUCACAGACGUCUCAGACGUGAGAGAGAUGGAGGGAGGCCUCCUCAACCUCCUCAACGACUUCCACUCAGGCAAACUACAGGCUUUCGGUAAGGUGUGCUCCUUUGAGCAACUGGAGCAUGUGCGUGAGAUGCAGGAGAAGCUGGCACGACUGCACUUCAGCCUGGACAGCCACGUGGAGGAGCUUUCAGAGGACCAGAGGAAGUGUGCCUCCGACCACAACCUGGAGCACCUGCUCUGUAACCUGGAGGAGCUCAGCACCUCCAUACAAAAGCUCCACCUAGCUGAGAACCAGGACCUGCCCAAGACAUCUGGUCCCUGACAAAGUGAGGUGCGGAGGAUGGCGACCACACACUCAUCUUCUCCCAACAUCUAGCCAGUCCAGGUUGCCAUGGCAUUGAUCCAGCUGCCUUAGUAACAGAAUGGAAAGAUCCACAGGAGGAGGAGGAGGAGCUGAUUUUCCAUUUGGUCGGUGAAGCAGAGGGAACAAUAUAGUGACUCAAAGCAGCAGAGCAUUAAAUGAACACUCAAACCAAAACCAUAAACCCCUCAUUCACGGCACAAGAAACGAUCAGAGGGUUUACUGAACAGUUAGACACAACAUAUUUCAUCUAAGUUUUCAGCAUGUUUCUUGGCAUCAGCUAACUUGGCUCCAGUUACUAGUGACAUCAUUUGGGAACAAAUAAUUGAAUCCAGGUCUUUUGGUUCUCUAUUUGUGUUCCAGUUUCCAUCACAAAAAGCAAAUUUCAUGACAGUUUAAGAAGUUGAUUUCAUAAUAUGCCUUGUCUUUUGCAUCAUUUCAGAAGGUAUGUCUGUUAGCAAAGGUAAGAAAGCAGACACACGUGACCCUUGAAGACAACACCACUGUGGUUAGCUCAGAACUUUAAAAGAGACACUUUUGCUAUUAUUCUGAAUACUCUCCUUCAUUUUUAUAGCUUUGCUUUUAAAGUUGAAUACAGACUGGGUUUAAUAAAAGCGGGGUGAAUCUUUGCUAUAACUGCAUUUCAGAGGGGACUAUUUGAGAAGAUGCAAAGUGUAUGUUUGAUGAACUUGCAUGUAAAAUGGUAUAUAUGUUUGGCCAAUGUGCAGUCCCGCUACUGUAUUUGUUGACACCGUUUGUUGACACAGGGUUGCCUUUAGGCUGAGGGCCCAGUAGCAGCAUCCCUCCAAAGCACAAGCUAGUCAACCCUGAUACUGAAGUGCUGUAAAAUCACCUACUGGAACAUGUAGGUCACGGGGAAUCUUGUCUCUCAUGAUACUGUGUUGUUGGGUGGCACAUUCACCCUAAUGCGGCUGGCAUAAGUCUCUGUACUGUUUGAUUUAAAAAACGGCAGCUACUUUUAUAGUUGAUGAUUUGCGUUGUAUUUAAUUCCAAACUUGGCAGCGAUGUACUUUGGCCAUAAUAUUUAAUCCCUGACAAGCCAAUAUUAAUCUGAGACAUCAAAGCAUGUCAAAGCAUUGGUGCAUUUGGUUAUUAAAACUGUAAUAUGAGACUUUUUACUGCUUUCUAAGCCUCUUUUCUAAGGCCUUGGCCUGUAUAGCCUCCACCAUAGAUAGUAGGGCUGUCCCGAAUACCAUUUUUUGGGCUUCAAAGCUUCGGUGAGAAGUAUUAAAAAUUUCACAGAGCAGUUCAGCGUGGCAGGCUGACAUGUUCUUCUAUCUCCAUCUCCCCCGUUUCAUUGCCACACUACUGUAAACACACACCUAUACACACAAAAAACAGCGGAAUACAUUUGAGAAUAAUGUGGGACUAUUCCUUAUUUCAUGGCUAUUCUGGGAUUUAUACAUUACUAUUACAUACUUAUAUAUUAUUAUUUUUUUUAACUAAGUAUUUUGAAUACUGAUUUGGAGGUCAAGUACCAUGGCAACGGUCGAAGCUUCGAAGCAUUCGGGUCAGCCCUAAUAGAUGUAUACUAUAAAACAAACGGUUUUAUAUCUAUGGCCUCCAGUCACAUAAUACAUCUCUACUCUGGUUACUCCAUCAAAGAUCCUUCCCAGUCAGCAAUUUU